UUAGAAAGCUAUCCAGUUUUUUUAGUUUAAAAUUAUCCAAUGCUUUCUUUUUUACAACGGUCCUAUCCUUAAUUACAAGAUUGUACCACCUUCGCAUUCCCCCUCAGGUUUGCUGGGAUGAAACCCACUUUGGAAAACAUAUUAACGGCUAUAUCCAAAGAAGAUAUUUUUUUGACGUUCAUCCUCCUUUGGGUAAAUUGUUACUUGCCUUUGCUGGUGUACUAUCAGGGUAUGACGGAACCUUCCCCUUUAAGGAGCCCGGCCAGCCGUUUCCUGAAAACAUGAACUUCGUAUACAUGAGACUGCUUCCUGCGGUAUUGGGAGCGCUUUCACCUUCCUUACUUUUUGGUGCGUUGUAUUCCUUGAAGUUUUCUUUGGAAACUUGCUUUUUCGCUGCCCUAUUAAUGAUUUGCGACACUUAUUGUUUAAUACUGUCGAGAUAUAUUCUUCUUGAAGGAUUCACGGCUUUUUUCCAAAAUCUUGCGGUUUUUGCGUACUGCCGCUUUCGUACUUAUACUAGCAGGCCUUUUACCAAGUUGUGGUGGAUAUGUCUAUUUUUAACAGGAUUUUCAUUGGGCUGCUGCUUAGGCGUCAAGUGGACGGGCGCCUUUGUUGUGUUUCUGAUUGGUCUGUCCACUGCCUACGAGCUUUGGAAUAUUUGGGGCGACCUGCGUAAUUCUCCAAAAACAGUUUUGCACCACUUUCUUGCCCGCGUGGUUUGCUUGAUUGUCGUUCCUCUUGCACUGUACGUGUCUUUUUUCUGGGUCCACUUCAGUUGGGCGUUCUAUUCCGGCCAGGGAGACGGCUUCAUGAGCUCAAAGUUUCAACUCUCGAUCGUUGGAAAUCCUCUGGCUCACCAGUUGAGCGCAAAGCGCUUGGUUUAUGGGGCCAAAUUUACACUACGGAACGCAUAUACUGGCGGGGGGCUCCUGCACUCCCACGCAGACCUCUACCCCAAGGAGUUUUCGCAGGCUCUCCACCAGCAGGUCACAACUUAUACUUUUAAGGACGGUAAUAACGAUUGGUACAUCAAAAAGCUAAAUCAAUCGGUGGCCGAACUCCAAGUCGGAGCGCCGGUUCCUGUUCUUCAUGGAGACCUCGUGCGUCUGAAGCACGUGAGAACUUCCAAGCACCUGCACAGCCAUAAUGUACCGGCGCCCAUGACACCGUCGCAGAAGCAGGUUUUCGGCUGCAACCACAAUGAUUCCAACGACUACUGGCAAAUACUGGUAGACGGCUACGCUGAGCCUGUACGUCCGGAUAAGAGCAGCGCAACGCCUGUGAUCGAGGUAGUAAACUCGUUGGUUCGAUUCAGACAUGUGAAUGAGCAUUGCUAUCUGCACUACAGCGGCAUGAACCUUCCGAAUUGGGGCUUUGAGCAGGGCGAAGUCACGUGCAAUCCUUUCUAUUCCAAAUCCGGCAAUUUGUGGAACUUUGAGACCAUUGCCGAUCCCCGCGUCGAGGCGUUUACUCUGAAGCAUUCGAAACCUCUUUCUUUUCUCGAGAGAGUCGUUGAGUUGAACGCCUUGAUGAUGGAAGUCAGCAAUAAAUUCAAACCCAAGCCGGGAGAAAACCCUUCCCGACCCUGGGAUUGGCCCUUACUGAAGCAAGGUUACCAUUUCAAUCCUUAUUAUGAGCACAAUCAUCGUAUCUUCUUGAUGGGCAAUCCGCUGGUGUUUGGCGUGUGCGGACUCUCGCUCAUCGCUUAUUGUUUUCUCCUACUCUUUUACGCGAUUAUUAGGGGAAAAGGAGUAGAACAUCCCUAUCUGAAGCACCGGAGCGCUGUGGUGCACACGUCAGGGGCAUGGCUAUUUCUAGGCUAUCUUCUGCACUACCUUCCCUUUUACUUCAUCACAAGAGUUCUAUACUUCCAUCACUACCUCCCCGCACUGCUCUUCAAUUUUAUGGUCAGCGGAGUUGUAUUCGAAGAGCUGUUAUUCUGGCUGCGAGCCUGGAAACCGUCGCUCUUCCCCUCUCGCCUGUUGCUUCUAUUCUCUACAGGCGCUCUCAUAUACUCUUUUGUGUACUUUUCGCCUUUUGCAUAUGGAAUGACGGGCGACAAAAAAUUAUAUAACCAUCUUAAAUGGGGCGCCCAUUGGCUUAUCUAA